AUGGACACCGAGAGUGAACGCAUCGAACGCGCCCGCGCCAAGAACCUCGCGUACAUCCAGCAGCAGGACGAACAGGAGGAAGCUCAAUCGGCGGACGAUUUCUUGACCACCGUCCUCGGGCCUUCCAAACGAUCUACACCAGUAGCAAGAGGCUCCAAGGGCAACAGCAGCGUCUACAUCACGGGGCUUUCAACGUAUAUGGCCUGCAGACAACUUGAGGGCGUAUGCAACAAGCUGGGCAAGGUGCGACGCAUCAAAUUCUACAAGAACGACAAAGGAGGCCUCAAGGGUGAUGCAGUGGUGACUUUCAGCUCGCGCGCCACUAUGCUCAAGGCCGUUGACAGGCUGAAUCACUUCGAAGUCAAGCCGGGGGUAGUCAUCACAGCAACGGAAGCAACUUUUUCGACAACGAAACCUACUGGGAAAGAGGAGAGCAAGGAGAAUACUGGUGCAGCUCAAGUCGCUUCCCAUACAACAAACGUGCUGGCCUCAUGUGAAGAGGCAAAAGCAGACUCAGCACAACUCGACUUGCCAUCGUGCUCGAUCAUUUUGAAGCAUGUUUGGGAUCCACUUGAAGGCAGCGAUGCUGAAUUCUUCGACGAUCUGGAAGAAGACAUGCGGGCUGAGUGCAGCAAACAUGGAGCUGUAGAGCACAUUCAUAUUGUUGCAGAUGGGUCGGUGGUCGUGCGCUUUGCCGAGCUGAACGCCGCGAUCGCGUGCCUGAAAGUGAUGAACGGGCGAUGGUUUGCUGGACGGAAGAUCGAGGCGCGGUUUGACCAGGCCACAGCCGAAAAUCCAAGCGAUGCAGACACCAAGGUGGAGGCGUUCCUGGCCUCAAUUGGCGAGUGA